AUGUUGAGAAAAGGAAAAGAUGGUUUUUGGAGAGUGUUAGAACCAGUGAGAGUUAUUCACAACAACAAGCUCGUAUUAUUGUUCAUCGCAUUAUUCACAACACUUCCACUCUCAUUUCUCUUGUUCACACUCUCCAUCACCACACACACCCUUCGUUCCCAUAUCUAUCACCUCGAAGCCCUCGCUCUUUUCACCUCCACUCUCAUGGAAGCGCGUCACGUCUGGCACGAAUCACGUGACAACGCUGUUUAUCUCCUCCGCAUCAGAGCACUCUUCUUACUCAUUUGCCUCCCUCUCUCCCUCGCCGCCGCCGUUUCAUCCGUCCACACCACAUACAACUUCAUUCAAGGUAAAUCGGUUACUGUUAACUCCGUUGUUACCGCCGUUAAAGAGAAUUGGAAACGCCCGUUCGUCACCGCUAUUUUUGUUUACGUCAUACUUUUCGUAUUCUCAUCCGUGCCACGUGUCAUCUCUUCGGCUUUCACAUCACCUGAAUUGCGAUUCAUUAUUAUGGCGAUCGGGUUUGGUUUCGAGGUUUAUUUGAUGGGGGUCAUGGGUUUGGGCAUGGUGGUUUCCGUCGUUGAGGAAAGAACAGGGUUGGAAGCUAUCACGGUCGGGUCGGAUUUGAUGCGGGGAAAGAGGUUAAUAUUUGGAUGGUUACUUUCGGGUUUAUUCGUUUUGGUUUCGGGUUUUAUGAAUGGGAGAGUGGAAGUGUUGUUGGAGGGUACGAAUUCGGAGAUAAGUGUUUGGGAUGAAACGAUUUUGAUUUGUUCGUAUGGGUUUAUUGUAGUUUUCAGUUAUGUUGUUACUACUGUAUUUUAUUGUUAUAGUAGAGAACAACAACCCGAUUGUAUUUCACUUUUAGAUUAG